GGCUGUGCAAAAUGAGAAGUCAUUGUCUUCCUUGACCCUGAGGUGAGAACCAUGCACCUGUUUCCAUCCCUCUCUGUGCUAUUCCUGUGCGUGGCGAGAGCAUCUUUGGAAACGAAAACCUGCCUGGAUGCUGAGAAGACCUGCUCGGUGGUGGCCUGCAGUGUCCCAGUUACCAAUGGCACCCCUGGCAGAGACGGGAGAGAUGGCCCCAAGGGAGAAAAGGGAGAGCCAGGUCAAGGUCUCAGAGGCCUACAGGGCCCUCCCGGAAAAAUGGGGCCUCCAGGAAGCACAGGGGUUCCUGGAGCUCCAGGACUGAAAGGCCAAAAAGGAGACAGAGGAGACAAUUCUGCUAUAGAGGCUAAACUGGCUAACUUAGAGUCAGAGCUAAGGAACUUGAAAGCACAACUGGACUACACCAAAAAACUGCAGGCCUUCUCCUUGGGCAAAAAGUCGGGCCAGAAGCUCUACUUGACCAAUGGGGAAAAGUUGCCAUUUCAUAAGGUGAAGGAGCUGUGCGAAAGGCACCAGGCGACCGUGGCUACCCCCAGGAAUGCCAACGAGAACCAGGCCAUCCAGAAGGUGGCCAAGGACACCGCCUUCCUGGGCAUCACAGACGAGAAGAUUGAAGGCCAGUUCACCUAUGUGACGGGAGGCCAGCUGGCCUAUAGCAACUGGAAGAAGGAUGAACCCAAUGACCAUGGCUCGGGAGAGGACUGUGUGGUCCUCCUGCAAGACGGGUUGUGGAACGACAUCAGCUGCUCCUCCUCCUUCCUGGCUGUCUGUGAAUUCCAGGUGUGA